AUGGUCCAAGAAUUUGCUAUACCCAAAGGCUCAACCGUGGUAAUCACGGGUGCCAAUGGCUAUAUUGCAUCUCACGUUGCCGACAUCUUGGUCGGGCUUGGAUAUCUAGUCCGCGGGACUGUGCGUUCGGAAAAGCCGUGGCUAGACCAGCUAUUUGAAGAAAAAUACGGCAAGGGAAAAUUCCAAACAGUGGUUUUGCCUGAUCUUGCUGCUGAGGGAGUUUACAAGGAUGUCAUCAAGGGGGCUGCGGGCUUUAUACAUGUAGCAUCGGAUGUCAGCUUUGACACUGAUCCAAACCAGGUCAUUCCAGUAGUUAUCAAUCUUACUACUAAUGCUCUGAAUGCAGCUGCUCAAGAGGCAUCCGUUAAACGGUUUGUGCUCACGUCCUCAUCAAGUGCAGCUCUGUGGCCGACGGCAGAUAAUGAAGGGCUUGUUGUAGACGAGAAUAGCUGGAACGAGACUGCGGUCAAAGCAGCUUGGGAUCCAAAUACGCCAGAAGGCGAAAAGCCAUUAAAUGUCUAUGGCGCCUCCAAGACAGAGGGUGAGAGGACAGCCUGGAAAUGGGUCCAGGAAAACAAGCCAGGCUUUGUUUUCAAUUCUGUUCUACCUAAUUUCAAUACGGGCCCGACCUUGCAUCCAGAAAUCGGGGGCUCAACCAUGAGCAUGAUACGCAGCCUAUUGAAAGGUGAUGACAUGUUCGUAAAAAUGAUUCCACCCCAGUAUUACAUUGACGUCCGCGACUGCGCCCGUCUCCAUGUCGCCGCCCUUCUUGACACCUCUAUCAAGGACGAGCGCAUCUUUGGCUUUGUCCACGAAUUCAACUGGACCGAUGUCAUCACUCUACUCAGGGCACUUCGCCCAGACAACAAGCUCAUCCCUGAUCCUCCGACCAACGAACGGCGAGAUAGGAGUCUGGUUAAAAGUAAGGUACGGGCGGAGCAAAUAUUACACUUUUUCUCGGGCAGGGCAUGGACCGGGUUUAAUGCUAGUGUGGAGGCGGGUAUUGCGGGGUUCUAG